AUGGCGGGUGGAAUUAUGGUGGGUUCAGAGAAAGGAAAAAAUUAUCCAGGAAAAUUUACCUGGAAAGUGUUUUAUACCUGCUUCAUUGCAGCCUCUGGCGGGUUAAUUUUUGGAUAUGAUUUGGGUAUCUCAGGUGGAGUGACCUCCAUGGAUUCAUUCCUAUCCAAGUUUUUUCCAGCCGUAUACCAAAAAGAAACGUCCACAGAUCCAUCAAAUAAUCAAUACUGUAAAUUUGACAGUCAAAUUUUGACUCUUUUUACCUCCUCCCUUUAUCUGGCGGCGCUGGUCUCCUCUCUAGUGGCCGCCACCGUCAGUCGAAAGUGUGGCCGUCGAAUUACGAUGCUCAUGGGCGGCAUUCUGUUUCUCGCCGGUGCUCUUCUCAACGGCUUUGCUCAAACCGUUUCCAUGCUCAUCGCCGGCCGCUUACUUCUCGGUUUCGGCAUUGGUUGCGCUAAUCAGUCGGUGCCAAUUUAUCUGUCAGAAAUGGCGCCUUAUAAAUACAGAGGAUCUCUCAACAAUCUGUUUCAACUCAUGAUCACAAUUGGCAUUCUAAUAGCCAACGUCCUCAACUACGCCUUCUCGUUGAUCCCCGGAGGUUGGGGCUGGAGGCUCAGCCUUGGAGGAGCCAUGGUCCCAGCCAUGAUCAUAAUUUUCGGCUCCAUGACCCUCACCGACACCCCGAGCUCUCUAAUCGAGCGCGACCGCCACGACGAGGCGAAGGAGCUUCUCAAGAAAGUGAGAGGAGUCGACGACGUAGACACGGAGCUAGCCGAUCUGGUGGCAGCUAGGGACGCAUCAAAGCAAGUGAAGAACCAAUGGAGUGCAUUGUUGAAAAGAAAAUAUAGGCCACAGCUUGCAAUGGCAAUAGCCAUCCCAUUUUUUCAGCAAUUGACUGGAAUCAAUGUCAUCACUUUCUAUGCUCCUGUUUUGUUUAAAACACUUGGAUUUGGAAACUCUGCCUCUUUAAUCUCCGCCAUGAUUACUGGAACGGUCAAUUGCCUCUCCACCGUUGUCUCCAUUUUUCUUGUUGAUAAAUUUGGAAGAAGGGUUCUUUUCCUUGAAGGUGGUACUCAAAUGUUCAUAUCUCAAGUUGUGGUUACGGCUAUGAUCGCUUACAAGUUCGGCCUCGACGGGGUCGCCGGGGAAUUGUCGAAGGAGUAUGCGGGGGCAGUGGUGUUGUUCAUAUGCAUAUACACUGCAGGGUUUGCUUGGUCAUGGGGGCCUUUGGGAUGGUUGGUUCCAAGUGAAAUAUUUUCUCUAGAGGUUCGAUCGGCCCUUCAAAGUGUGAACGUUUCGGUGAAUAUGAUCUUCACUUUUGUGGUUGCUCAAGUGUUCACGGCUAUGCUUUGCCACAUGAAAUUUGGGAUGUUCAUAUUUUUUGCGUUCUUCGUGGUGGUGAUGAGCAUAUUCAUAUAUAAGUUUCUGCCGGAGACAAAGGGUGUGCCUAUUGAAGAGAUGACUCUUGUUUGGCACAAACAUCCGUAUUGGGGAAAAUAUGUGACCCAAGAUCAAACUCAAACUCAGGCAACUGAAACCCCACAUGCCUCUUCGGAUUAG